GGUGUAUAAAACACCAGCGGAUCCGCCGAGGAGUCAGUGAAGCGCGGAGAGAAGCGUGGAGAUACACCAGCGAGUCAACAGCCGCCCACCGAGGAGCCUCGUCCGGACAACUGCACUGACUUCAUGUGUACAGCAAUGGUACAGCGCUGCGGCCCGCAGCUCCUUCUUCUGUUAGCCCUGUGCAGCGUGACUCUGAGUCUGCCCUACACGUCCAUGAGACCCACCAGACACGCAGACGGACUCUUCACCAGCGGGUACAGCAAGCUCCUGGGGCAGCUGUCAGCACGGAGAUACUUGGAGUCACUGAUUGGGAAGCGAGUCAGUGACGAGCUGAUGGAGGAGCCGGUGAAGCGACACUCAGACGCCAUUUUCACAGACAACUACAGCCGCUUCCGCAAACAGAUGGCCGUCAAGAAAUACCUGAACUCAGUGCUAACAGGGAAGAGAAGCCUAGAAGAUCCUGGUGCCAGUGAGGCAGAGGAGUCGAGAGACGAGCCCAACGCCUUUCAGGAGAGCUACGAUGACAUCACCGUGGACCAUCUCCUGAACAACUUUCAGCUGCCACUUUGAGGCGCCAGAAGAAAGAAGCCUCCACUCAUCUCCACUGAACCAUCCAUCCCUGAACAUCCCAAACAAAAUCAGUGUAUGAUUCCAUUUCUCCUGCCGCCGAUGACGCCAGCAGCGCCACGGAGCGCUCCGCCUGAGUCCGGCUCUGAUCAUCGGCUUCAUGGACGCUUGUGCCCAGUGCGCUUCACAUUAGGUGACCCAGAUGUUUGGCUGCUCAGAGCUGAAGGUCGCCCUGCGCCCGCUCUGGAACCUUCUCAAGUGACUCUACACUCCACGUAAUGCAUGCAGCCUCUGCUCUCCUGCCAGCCGGGGGAGAGCCAGUCUGAGUGAGGAGAGAGGGUUCCAUUCCACUCCUCCACCUGU